AGGAACCGGGCGAAGAAAUACAUGCACGCGUUGAGAAUCGCCCGCGCCAGGGCGCAGCGCCACAAGGUGUAGGGCGAGCGUGGGGUGGGGCGAGUGGGGACCCAGGAGUUCCCGUGCUCGGAGCGCCGGGCCGUCGGUUCUUCAUUCCUGCCCUCGGGGCGGACGGAGUGACCCCGGCCCCGCUCCCCGCCCCGACCAUGGUAGUGUUCAAUGGCCUUCUUAAGAUCAAAAUCUGCGAGGCCGUGAGCCUGAAGCCCACAGCCUGGUCGCUGCGCCAUGCGGUGGGACCCCGGCCGCAGACUUUCCUUCUCGACCCCUACAUCGCCCUCAACGUGGACGACUCGCGCAUCGGCCAGACGGCCACCAAGCAGAAGACCAACAGCCCGGCCUGGCACGACGAGUUCGUCACCGAUGUGUGCAACGGUCGGAAGAUCGAGCUGGCCGUCUUUCACGAUGCCCCCAUCGGCUACGACGACUUCGUGGCCAACUGCACCAUCCAGUUCGAGGAGCUUCUGCAGAACGGGAGCCGCCACUUCGAGGACUGGAUUGAUCUGGAGCCAGAAGGAAGAGUAUACGUGAUCAUCGAUCUCUCGGGGUCUUCGGGUGAAGCCCCUAAAGACAAUGAAGAGCGCGUGUUCAGGGAACGCAUGCGACCCCGGAAGCGGCAGGGGGCUGUCAGGCGCAGGGUCCACCAGGUCAACGGCCACAAGUUCAUGGCCACCUACCUUCGGCAGCCCACCUACUGCUCGCACUGCAGAGAUUUCAUUUGGGGUGUCAUAGGAAAGCAGGGAUACCAAUGUCAAGUCUGCACCUGUGUGGUCCACAAGCGGUGUCACGAGCUCAUCAUUACCAAGUGUGCUGGCUUAAAGAGACAGGAGACCCCCGACCAGGUGGGCUCCCAGCGGUUCAGCGUGAACAUGCCCCACAAGUUCGGUAUCCACAACUACAAGGUCCCCACCUUCUGCGACCACUGUGGGUCCUUGCUCUGGGGGCUCUUGCGGCAGGGUUUGCAGUGUAAAGUCUGCAAAAUGAACGUUCAUCGUCGGUGUGAGACCAAUGUGGCUCCCAACUGUGGAGUGGAUGCUAGAGGCAUCGCCAAAGUACUGGCUGACCUAGGCGUCACUCCAGACAAGAUCACCAACAGUGGCCAGAGGAGGAAAAAGCUCAUUGCUGGUGCUGAAUCUCCACAGCCUGCUUCUGGAAGCUCACCAUCUGAAGAUGAUCGAUCCAAGUCAGCACCCACCUCCCCUUGUGACCAAGAACUAAAAGAACUUGAAAACAACAUCCGGAAGGCCUUGUCAUUUGACAAUCGAGGGGAGGAGCACCGGGCAGCGUCAUCCACUGAUGGCCAGCUGGCGAGCCCUGGCGAAAACGGCGAAGUCCGGCAAGGCCAGGCCAAACGCCUGGGCCUGGAUGAGUUCAACUUCAUCAAGGUGUUGGGCAAAGGCAGCUUUGGAAAGGUCAUGUUGGCAGAACUCAAGGGCAAGGAUGAAGUAUAUGCUGUGAAGGUCUUGAAGAAGGAUGUCAUCCUUCAGGAUGAUGAUGUGGACUGCACCAUGACAGAGAAGAGGAUUUUGGCUCUGGCACGGAAACACCCGUACCUAACCCAACUCUAUUGCUGCUUCCAGACCAAGGACGGGGAGCUUUUCAUUCAAGGUUGUGCUUGCAAAGGGAUGACAGAGCAGAGGAACUCUUUGCAAAUAUAGCGGGACAAAACCAAAGGGCUAAACCCAAUGCGUGCUCCUUGGAAAAACCAGUGGGUGUGGUUGGUUAGUCAGUCCUUGCUCUCCUCCUAACUUUCUAUCACUGAUCAAAUCACUUAACUUCUAUGUUACUUUUGGGUCAAAUGAAAAAGAGUAAAGGCCAACCCU